AUGCCCUCCUCCAAAAACUCAUCCUCUAAUCUGUGUCUCUCUCUUCAUCCACCCCCACACCUUUUGUCUUCUUCCUGAUUCCCAUUUAAUAUCUUUCUUUCCUUUAUCAUCUUCAGUCUUUACUCCCUUGUCGUUCUCUUUAUCAACUUCACCUCCACUCUGCAUGCACUCUGAUCUUCUCACUGGAUUUGGAACACAAGAGGUCUAAAAAGCAACAGUAGGGAUGGGGGAGAUAACGAAUGUAAUGGAGUAUGAGGCUAUUGCCAAGGAGAAGUUGCCAAAGAUGGUGUUUGACUACUAUGCAUCAGGUGCUGAGGAUCAGUGGACACUGGCUGAGAACAGGAAUGCUUUCAGUAGAAUUCUGUUUAGGCCCCGUAUUCUUAUUGAUGUGAGCAAAAUUGACUUGAGCACCACAGUGCUAGGCUUCAAGAUUUCAAUGCCUAUCAUGAUUGCACCAACAGCCAUGCAGAAAAUGGCUCAUCCUGAAGGGGAAUAUGCUACAGCAAGAGCUGCAUCAGCUGCUGGAACAAUUAUGACGUUGUCAUCUUGGGCAACUUCCAGUGUUGAGGAGGUUGCUUCAACUGGACCUGGCAUCCGUUUUUUCCAGCUUUAUGUUUACAAGGACAGGAAUGUUGUUGCUCAGCUUGUGAGAAGAGCUGAAAGGGCAGGUUUCAAGGCUAUUGCCCUUACAGUUGAUACCCCGAGAUUGGGACGUAGAGAAGCUGACAUUAAGAACAGAUUCACUCUGCCACCGUUCUUGACAUUGAAAAACUUUGAAGGACUGGACCUUGGCAAGAUGGAUAAAGCUGAUGACUCCGGAUUGGCUUCAUAUGUUGCUGGUCAAGUUGAUCGUACGUUGAGUUGGAAGGAUGUUAAGUGGCUCCAGACAAUAACUUCGUUGCCAAUCCUGGUAAAGGGUGUACUCACUGCUGAGGAUGCAAGGCUAUCAAUUCAGGCUGGAGCAGCUGGUAUUAUUGUGUCAAACCAUGGCGCUCGCCAACUCGACUAUGUCCCUUCUACAAUCAUGGCUUUAGAAGAAGUUGUGAAAGCUGCACAGGGCCGUGUUCCUGUGUUCUUGGAUGGUGGUGUUCGUCGUGGAACUGAUGUCUUUAAAGCUCUGGCACUGGGAGCCUCUGGCAUAUUUAUUGGGCGACCGGUGGUAUUCUCACUGGCAGCCGAGGGAGAAGCUGGGAUAAGGAAAGUGCUGCAGAUGCUGCGCGAUGAAUUUGAGCUGACAAUGGCCUUAAGUGGCUGCCGUUCACUGAAAGAGAUAACUCGAAACCACAUUGUGACCGAGUGGGAUGCUCCGCGUGCUCUUCCAGCUCCAAGGUUAUGA